UAGGUUAGCUCUGCUUGAUUGUUGACACCACAAUUGUUGUGCUUGUUAUGAACACAUACAGCAAAAAAGCGGACCAUGUGCAAUGUCAUGUAGUCAGAUAUUUGGUGUCAUUAUGUAUAUAAUUUUUGACAUGCAUUAAAGACAUCGCAAAAUGUGUGCGGUUCGAUUGAGUUUUUUCUUGAAGGGGUUUAAAAAGGAUUUUAUACGACUGACAUUGUCAAGAAACAUCAUGCAGAGUAAGGCAGACAAUGCGGACAAAUCUGCUGUACUACCAGAUAUGCGAAAGUCAUAUCAUGAUGCUGAUUCCAUCUUUGAUGUUAACGACCUCAGCAGUCGCAAUCCGAUGAAGCAGUUUGAGGCGUGGUUUAAUGACAUCUGUGCACACAAAAGUAUAGAGGAACCCAAUGCUAUGGCCAUAGCUACAGCAACCAAAUCGGGUAUUCCCUCAGUAAGGAUGGUUCUGUGCAAGGGUCUGAGCCCGGAGGGAUUCACCUUUUACACCAACUUCGCCAGCAAGAAGGGCAACGAACUGGCUGAAAAUCCCAACUGUUCUCUGAUGUUUUACUGGGAACCUUUGAAGAGAUCUGUACGUGUGGAGGGUAUCGCAGAACUUAUACCAGAGGAGAAGUCGGAGGAGUAUUUCCAAUCUCGGCCAAAAGAAAGCCAGCUUGGUGCUAUGGUUAGCAAACAGAGCUCCGUCAUUGAAAACAGACAAGUCCUGGACAAGAAGCUGAAGGAUCUGAGGGAACAGUUUGACAGUGUGGAGCGUGUUGACAAACCUAAAUACUGGGGAGGGUUUCUUAUUCGACCAUAUGCGUUCGAGUUCUGGCAGGGACAGACAAACCGACUUCAUGAUCGACUAACGUUCCGUAAACUAGCGGAGGGCGAGAAGUUUAAUCCUGAUGUCAUGACGAAAGGCGAAGAGGAAUGGAUCAUUGAACGAUUGUCUUCCUGAUCUUGUUUUGUGCAGUUAUCUAUUUGGUUUGGACUGCCAUUGAGUGGCAUUGUGUGAUUUAUUCCCACAGACUUCUAAGCCAGUUAUAUGGCAAAUUAUUCAUGGUAUCAAAUGCCAUUGAAAUAGAUAAUGUUAUUUAUUUGUACUACUUUUGAAUAUCUAUCGAAGAGAAAAAUGUAUGAUAUACACACAGGCCAGCUUACAUGUGUUAAGUUUAUUAUCUUUAUAUUUGCUUAGGGACUGUUUUACUCCGUGUUUUCCACGAACACAAACGAUUUUGCCAUGCACAAUGUGUAAGAAGAAAAAAUAAGGAUUUUUUUAAAGUUAAAUUGAGUGUGCAAGAAAAGAUAAGGAUUAAAUUAAAUUGAGUGCUUAUUGCUCGAUUAAUACAACUAUACAUAUUUUAUAAAUCAGAGGUAGGCAUCUGAAUAAUGUUGUGUUGUUUAAAAGGACAUAAUAGUUUUGGGUUAUAAGACAUGGUGUUUUUUCAUUUAACUAUAACAUGGGUAAACUAUAACGAGUGUUUACUUUAACAAGGGUUAAAUAAAACCAGGCAAAAGCUAAGGCUUGCUAAAAGCAUAACUAAGCUUUAAGAAAAAUGAGCUUUUUCACAGUUUUCCAAAUAAUUGAGAUCUAUUAUAUUGCAAGUUGUCUUAUAUGAUUCGAUUGAAGCAUUGAUGACAAAAUCAGCUGAUUCUGUGACAAAAAAUAAAAUAAAUGUUGAAACUGUCAAUCUGUGAGAGUGCAGCUUAAUAUGUAAUCUGCAUGCAGUGGACAGAGACAGUUGAUGAAUGUUUAAAAAAAGUGAAACACUGAACUUAAAACAUGAGUUAUAAUGUAACAGCCCUAUUUUUCAAAGGCUCCCCAGGGGAUUUUGUUCAGAAUUCCAGGGGAUUUGGGUCACAUACCAGGGGAUUACAAGAAACACCCAUUCUCCUACACAUGUAAGAUCGAUGAUGCUAUGGGUACAACAUAUUUAUCAUUAUCAUUCCCCUAAUGAAUGGCAAUGGAAAUACCUUGAACUAUUAAAUUUAUGGGAGUUUUGUUACUUUUGCUGAUUUUGUAGAAUUUGAUGGUAAAUUUGAUCAACAAUAUUCCAUGUACUGUUUACAACUUUGUGUGCUUUACAUUUCGAGUCAAUCCUGUUGUUAUUUUUUGUAGAACUGUUGUUAUACAAACUCCGUAUAGAAUAAUAAAGAAAAAACAUUAA